GUUAAUGGUAAUAGCCGAUCCUCGUGACAUUUGCCAUACACAAAAUGGAGGAAAAUUCUGAGCCUUUUUAUGGAGAAGAUGGGAGUCCUUUAAAGAAAAUGUUUCUAAGGAUUUGGUUUGGAGUAACUUUUCUUGCUGUGGUGGUUGCCUUUAUUCUGGGUUUAGUAAAGGCAAAAGAUGACGCUGUCAUGUAUCUCGUGGUUGUAAAUUUACUAGUUAGUGGAGUAAUUGGUGCCAUUAUUGUGAGUGAAUUUUUUUCAUCCAUUGAAUGUUUUGUGUUCAUUUUUACUUCAUCAGAAAUAAAUUUUAUUUUUCAGGCAUGGUGGUUUCAUAAGGGAAGCAUUAAAUCCAAAAGUUUGAUGUUUGUACUGUUUGUGGGAGUAUGUAUUGUAUUUCAAGCAAUUGUGUCAGACAUCUAUCUUUACCAUAAUCCGAAUUCCUCAAAUGAUGGUCAUUCAAAUCCUGCUAAAUCCAAUUCAACAAUAACUAUUAGUAGCCACAUGAUUUCUUCCAGCUCAGUAAAUAUAUCAUUACAUGAAAUAUAAAUUAAUCGAUAACAAUAAACAAUACUAAAUGUUAUUGAUAAUAAGAAAAGCCUGUCAACAUAUGGUUUACAUUAUUGACAAUACAUUAUAUAUGAAGAAAUUAAUUUAAUGAUUGUAAAGAAACCAAUAAAAAUUGUUGUGCAAUUUA